CUUCAGUCACGAAAGUUGCAAAGAUGCCUUGGACGAUGGCUAACUAGCAAGCGCAUAUUUGGUCAGCGAUAAAUAGUAUUAAAAUUGAACGUUCGGCUCGAAUGCGGAUCACCAUUCAUAAUCUCCCGUUGAACUGGCAUGGCGAUGAAAAAGGAAAUGGUCCAUGAAGACUGCUGGCUGCUGAGAGAGUGGCUGCUCCACCCGGGACAUCAUCAGGGCCUGGAGCUCAGAUAACACCUCCGAACUGGCCAGUGUUUUAUUAUCUUGGUGGACCUGGUGCUGCUUAAUCUAUCCACCCAUCCAAGUUGCUGCAUCUGAGAUGCUGUUAGAUGAGCCAUGAUCCCCAUCACUGAGCUGCGGUACUUUGUGGACACACAGCCAGCGUACCGCAUCCUGAAACCAUGGUGGGAUGUGUUCACCGACUACAUCUCCAUUGUUAUGCUCAUGAUUUCGGUGUUUGGCGGCACACUUCAGAUCACCCAGGACAAGAUGAUCUGCCUUCCCUGCAAAUGGAUCGUCAAUGAAACCUGUAAAAAGAACUUCAGCUCCACCCUGUCCACAUCCUCCCUACUAGAACCGAAAGGGAUCCAGUACAAUCUGGACCGCCAUCAGUACAAUUACGUUGAUGCAGUGUGCUAUGAAAAUAAGUUGCACUGGUUCGCCAAGUACUUUCCCUAUUUGGUAUUACUCCACACUCUUAUUUUUCUAGCCUGUAGCAACUUUUGGUUUAAAUUUCCUCGGACUAGCUCCAAACUAGAACACUUUGUAUCCAUCUUGCUUAAAUGUUUUGACUCUCCAUGGACAACAAGGGCACUGUCGGAGACAGUGGUUGAAGAAAGCGAUCCCAAACCAAUGAAGAUGAAUGGAUCGUUUGACCACAAGGCUUCUGUGAUAAGUGAGGAUGUUGAAGCAAGCGUUCCAAUGAUUCAGAAAACAAAGACGCGUUUUGAGCAAGGCAUCGUUGAUAGGACUGAAACGGGAGUUUUGGACAAGAAAGAAGGAGAACAGGCAAAAGCCCUGUUUGAAAAAGUAAAGAAGUUCCGUAUCCACGUGGAAGAAGGAGACAUCGUGUACAGAUUAUACAUCCGCCAGACUAUCAUCAAAGUAAUCAAGUUCAUUUUAAUUAUCUGCUACACGGGGUAUUAUGUUCAAGACAUUCAGUUUAAUGUGGACUGCUCUGUGAAUAUAGAAAACCUGACUGGUUACAGAGUGUACCACUGUGCUCAUCCACUGGCGACACUUUUUAAAAUCUUGGCGUGUUUCUACAUUUGCUUAGUGGUCGUGUAUGGACUUAUCUGCAUGUACACACUCUGCUGGAUGCUGCGGCGCUCUCUGAAGAAGUACUCCUUCGAAUCUAUCAGGGAAGAGAGCAGUUACAGCGAUAUACCCGACGUGAAGAAUGACUUUGCAUUUAUGUUGCACAUGAUAGACCAGUAUGAUCCUCUGUACUCCAAACGUUUCGCUGUGUUCCUCUCAGAAGUCAGUGAAAAUAAGCUGAGACAGCUCAACCUGAACAAUGAGUGGACGCUUGACAAGCUCAGGCAGAGGAUAACCAAGAACUCUCAGGAGAAGUUGGAGUUGCACCUGUUCAUGCUGAGCGGCAUUCCAGAUACGGUGUUCGAUCUGAUGGAGUUGGAGGUUCUCAAACUGGAGCUUAUCCCAGAUGUUACCAUCCCACCAAUCAUUGCGCAGCUCGUCAACCUCAGAGAGAUGUGGCUCUAUCACACUCCAGCCAAAAUCGAAGCUCCCGCCUUGGCUUUUUUGCGAGAGAACCUCAAGUCUCUUCACAUCAAGUUCACCGACAUUAAAGAAAUUCCUUUAUGGAUUUACAGUUUAAAGAACCUCAGUGAGCUUCAUCUCACAGGGAACCUGAGUGCUGAGAACAACCGUUACAUUGUCAUCGAUGGGCUCCGCGAGCUCAAGAGGCUCAAAGUUCUCCGCCUGAAGAGCAACCUCACCAAGCUACCUCAAGUUGUGACCGAUGUGGGUUUACACCUCCAGAAGCUCUCCAUCAACAAUGAAGGCACCAAGCUGAUGGUGCUGAACAGCCUGAAGAAGAUGGUGAACCUUACCGAGCUGGAGCUCAUUCGCUGUGACCUGGAGCGCAUUCCUCACUCCAUCUUCAGUUUGCACAACCUACAGGAGAUUGAUCUGAAGGACAACAACCUAAAGACCAUCGAGGAGAUAAUCAGCUUCCAGCACCUUCAUCGGCUGGUGUGCUUAAAGCUCUGGUACAACCAGAUCGCCUACAUUCCCAUUCAAAUUGGCACUCUGACCAACCUGGAAAAGCUGCAUCUGAACAGAAACAAGAUUGAGAAGAUUCCCAGCCAGCUGUUUUAUUGCCGGAAACUACGAGUCUUGGACUUGAGCCACAACAACUUGACAUACAUUCCAACAGACAUUGGUUACCUUCAGAAUCUACAGUACAUGGCAGUGACAGCCAACCGGAUCGAGACACUGCCAAAUGAGCUGUUCCACUGCAAAAAGCUUCGCACCUUGAACUUGGGGAACAACUGCCUCCAGUCCCUCCCAUCGCGCUUCGGAGAGCUGACCGCACUGACUCAGCUGGAGCUCAGAGGAAACCGUCUGGAGUGUUUGCCCGUGGAGCUGGGAGAGUGCAGACUGCUGAAGAGAAGCGGUCUUGUGGUCGAAGAGGACCUCUUCAACACGCUGCCCACCGAAGCCAAGGAGCAGUUGUGGAAAGCUGACAAAGAACAAGCAUGAGCUCGUUGGUGAGGAAACCAAACGAUGCUGCACGCUUUGGUCAGGAUACAGAGUGGAAGCCCAUGGUGUCCCUGAGGCACAAAGAAACAGGAUGUGCUCCCGCUUCAGUGUUCUGCCAGUAAAGUUAGGUAUUAAACCAGUGCCAGUUUAGCAGAGCAAAUGCUGACUCUGGCAUCUGCUGCUUGUUCUUUUUAUUUCUCUUUUGUAAAACCGCCGAGGCCAGUGCCAUUAUGAUCUCGAUCUUUUGUUUACAGUAUCAUUUUGUGGUAUUAAUGGUUUAGAGGAAAAAACUGCAAAAAGAAAACUACUGGCCAACUGAAUAUAUGUGGGCUGUUCUGAAUUCCAAAAUAGUUCCCUAUUCAUACUUUUUUUUUUUUUAAAUAUCAUGUUUACUCUUGGGGGUUUAUGUGAACAACCAAAGCUAAAUUGCCAACCUUACAAGUAAACACUUUUCUACAAGGUGUAGCAGUGUUGUAUCCCUUGUACAACACUAACGUUAACCUAAUUACGACACGGAUCAAAGUGUUUCUGCUCUGCAUUGUGGGCCCUGGUUCUCGGAUACCUUUGCUGACUUGGCUGGUAAAGUCUUGAAAAUAUGAUAUGAAACACAUUAGAGGUAACUGAAAGUGCUGUAGUCAGAGAUAUAAAGUUGUUUUUAGGGACAUUUUGGUGGCGUUACUGCAGCAAAAUGGUCGGUCAGACUUGGAUUGAGGUUUGAAGAUAAUUUGGAUUUUUGACCUCAUUCUGAAGCUAUUUGUGUUCUUGUCCUCAAGUUUAAGGAUAAAUCUUUCCACAAAAUGUUACUUAAAGAGGCAUCAUUAAGGAAUGUUUUGUACAACUAAGACUCAGGGCCUGUUGGGUUUUUUUUAGGUGGAGUGGAUCAAAUUCUGUUUGGUGUGCUGUGUUUGUAUUUAAAAAAAAAGAAAAUUAAAAUGUAAGUAGAUGUCGAACAAAAGUUGUUUAAGAAUUUGUGACUUUUGAAGUCGGAUUUAGUGGAGAGAAUGAGAACAUUUAGUAUCUUACUUGCUGUAGAUGCUGAUAACAUUUUAGAGAAGAAGCUUGGAUUAUUUGAUCGGGGUGAUUUGUCCAUUAGGAAGAGUAGUUGUCUUGUGAUCUAAAAGUUGUGGGUUUGAUUCCAGGAUCUGCCACUUAAAAGGCACUUAACCACAAACACUUUGAGUCGUAGGUAUAACUUGAAAAGCACUGCAUAAAUUCAAUCCAAUUAUAGUUAAGCUAACAUCCAUCAGGGCUGAGCCAAGGAAACAUUUUGGGAAGAUAAAUAUUUUAUAGCAGUGUAUAAUUUGCACAUCGUCACUUUUGUGAAACACUUCCUUUACGUAAAAAGAAAAACAUUGCUUCAAAUUAAUUAAUAAAGAAAUUGUAGGGUUAGCUGUCUUAACAGUUAGGGUUUGUCUUUGUUGUGUGGUUUGGAGUUGCGUAGGUAUCUACAGCAGGUCUGACUCUUGAAUCGUCAGCUCCUAGGACUGACUCUUAAAAGCUUUUCUGUACCUUGAUACCGUCACACAGGCCCAGUCCUAAUUCAUACAGAUAGAAAUUUUGUUUUAUGUCAUCCUUGAGUCCAAAUAAUUAUUUUGAGCCGUCAGCACUCCAUUUCAUUUCUUAUAGAAGGGGGAUACGCCUGCCCUUUUAUGUUGCUCUUCUGUGUAACUCGUGUCAUUUUUACUCAUUCAGCUAUUACUACAUUUGGCACCAGUAGUUACUUUUGCAGCUAAGCUAGACAUUUCAUAAUAUUGCAUUCUUGCUUUGUUACAAUACCGGUCAUAACUUUAUUUUUCAUAUAAGCUAACAAGUAAAGGUUUGGAAAUCUAACUUGAGUUUGUUGACAUAAAAUGUACAAAAUUCAUUUAUUGUUCACUUUUUUUUCUGUCACAUGGAUCUCAUGUUUAUGUACCCAAUUAUGUUGUUUUAAUUUAAGGUUGUUUUUUUUUCUCAACUGUUGUAAGUGUUCAAAUUGAAGUAAAAAUUGUUUUUUAUGUUUGAAGGUCACUUUUCUAGGGUUUCUAAUAUUAAAACAAGAAAAAAAACUUUGUAGCGAUUUGGUGUUUCAUGAAGUGAAGCAGUCAGGGAAGACGGUGAAAAAACAUUCAAAUAGCAGUCUACAAUAUUUCAACUCUGCUGAGAAGUAUGAAACAUAUUUUAAGCCAUGUGCAUCUAAUUCAGUAGCAUGUGUAGUUACGAUAAAUUGUGCAAUAUUGCCUUCAUUUAAACUAAAUGUGGGUUUUACAGGUUUGGGGGCAUCGACAUCCUUUUUGAUGCACUUUUUUUGUUGUUUUUUACAGGGAUUUAAAAUAUUGUAGGUGAAGUAGGUCAUUUAAAAUUCUGUUUUUCUGGAGAAUGCUUUUGCACUCUAGCACCUUUUCCCACAAUGUUACAUUUUGCAAAUGCAGUAAUGGCACAAAACUAACAUAUACGAGAUGCAUUGUGUGCGUUUGUCUUGCUCUUGGGUGAUUGCAUACCAGGAAAACAAAGUGUGUAAAUUAGGAUUCAUUACCUUUAAAACUUACAACAUGUGUUGGACAUAGUCCUCUUACUAAGACAAUCAACAUUUUUGACCAAGUGUAAAAUAUAAAGUGAAGUUGUGAGUAAACAUUUCCCAUAGUUUGCUUGGAUAGUCAUCUGUGUAUAGACUCCGUUUGUCUCAUUCUCUUUUUUUCUUUAAACUGUUUGUAACUUUUCUUGUAUUAUGUCAGGUAUUAUACUGAAAUAGUUUCUCAGGAAUCCAGGUAGAAAUCUUCUUUUUCUAUUGGUUGCCUAUUUCUUUUUUUUUUUUCACUUUUUGUAAUACACAUGAUUUUUGGUUUAGAUCUAAACUGUUAGGAACUUUUUGUGUCUUGUUUCCAUUAUUUUUUAAAGAUGUUUUGAAAAAACAAAACCCUUGGCUUAAUAAUUAACUACAUUUUUACCAUUGAUCAUGUAUAAACUAUCUACUUUUUAGAUGUGUUGUAUUACAAAGGACAAGUAUGUGUGUUUGAAUUAUAGAGCUUUCUCCUGUUGUUCAUGAUAGUUUUUUUUUGUGGGUACAAAAAUCAUCAUCAAUGUUUCUCUUUUCCAAUAAGAUGUGCUCAUUCAGUUUUAUUGAGUAACUUUUUGUUGCCAAAACAUGAAAAAAAAAAGAAUCCUGAAUAUUUUUUUGCAACAGUAUCAUUAUUCAUGCUAUAGUGUCUUGCUGUUUUAUUUAAACUUGCUUCUCUUUUUCUUGUGUACCACCCAGAACAACAAAAUAAACUAGGUUGAAAAA